UUUACCAUAUGUAUCUUGUUCGAGGAAAAAAUGAAAAUUGCCAAACCAUUGAAUAAUCUUCGAGGCUGAAGAGUCAAAUUAAAUGACCAAACAAGAAGAAACCACCACACAGCUUCCACUAUAAACGAUCUCAAGCUCUUCCUAUUCUUCUCAUCCACAAACAUGGCUCUCACAAAAAUCUCAUCAGUUUUUCUCAUCUGCCUCUUCGGUUUUUACUCCCAAACUGCCAAGUCGCAGUUCUGCGGCUGCUCUCCAAUCCUAUGCUGCAGUCAACAUGGUUAUUGUGAUAUCACCGACCAGCACUGUGGUUCCGGUUGCCAAUCAGGUCCUUGCAGAACAAGUAGAGAACCUGUUGAGAAGAUUGUGACUCAAAAAUUCUUUGACGGAAUUAUUAACCAAUCCCGUAAUGGCUGUGCCGGAAAAAGAUUCUACACUCGUGAAUCUUUUCUUAGCGCCGCUAAUACUACCUUAAACUUCAAUAGCAUUGUUACCCGGCUCGAGAUCGCUGCCAUGUUUGCUCAUUUUACUCACGAGACCGAACAUUUCUGCUACAUAGAGGAGGUAAAUGGGACGUCACGGGACUACUGCGACGAGAACAACAUGCAAUACCCAUGUGUACCGGGAAAAGGCUACUACGGUCGUGGUCCUAUCCAACUAUCAUCGAACUUUAUGUACGGAGAGUGUGGCGAUACUCUCAAACUCCCCCUCCUGAGCCAGCCUGAACUAGUAGGUAGCAACUCAACUGUAUCUUUCAGGACGGGUUUGUGGUUUUGGAUGAAGAGCCUAAGGCCGGUACUGAAGGAAGGAUUUGGAGCCACCAUUAGAGCCAUCAAUGGUAAGGAAUGUGACGGUGGGAACUCGGGUGCCGUUAGUGCAAGGACGGGAAACUAUAGAGACUAUUGUAGACAGCUGGGUGUGGACCCAGGAGCCAACAUCAAUUGCUAGAAAUGUCAACAAAGACUUUUCUUCACGGAUCCAUAACUUUCUAGGCUAUUUUGUCAUUAUUUAAUAAAUAAAAAUGGUAAUUUACAUAAGGGACGGUUUAAUUUUUAGUUUGCUAGAGCAUCUCUUUUCAUUUGAAUAUUGUAUUUGUG